AGUUUUCCAGAAGCUAGCCGUAGUCAGGAACACACACACACACACACAAACUCACACACACUACCACAACACAUUAGUAUGUUGUAGGACAGCCCCUUCAGCAGAUGCCUCUUUGUCACCUAAACUCUUGAGCUCAGUGAGCUGUGUGGAACCCUCCAGAGUCACUCGGUGCUUCCUUGUGCUCCUCAUUGUUCUCCUCUCACUGCGUUCCUGCAAACCUGCUCUGGUCAAAUCCCAGCCAUGAGUGACGGUGACUCAUAUCAGAACUUCAAGGACCUAUUCUAUCUCUACGGAGCCAAUGACACGACUGACCCAAGUUAUGUGAUCGAGGGCAUUGCCCGGCUCUGUGAUAAGCAACAAGUCAACAAGUUUGGUGCAACAUUCAUCCCAUUGUUCUACUACUCCAACUUCCUCUUGAGUUUCCUUGGCAAUGGGCUUGUCCUCUUCAUCAUCUACAAGUACGAGCAGCUCAGUACAGUGACAAACAUCUUCCUCCUGAAUUUGGUCAUCUCCAACCUUCUCUUUGCCUCCAGUCUCCCCUUCUGGGCAACGUACCAUCUGUCUGAUUGGAUUUUUGGCAUGGCUCUGUGUAAGCUGGUCAGCAGUGCCUACUUUAUCGGCUUCUACAGCUCCAUCCUCUUCCUCACGCUCAUGACAUUUGACCGAUACCUCGCUGUGGUGCACGCAGUGGCAGCAGCUAAAAGUAGGAAGAAGGCGUAUGCCGUCGCUGCGUCAGUGGCAGUUUGGUGCAUCAGCAUUCUAGCAAGUGUGAAAGAGCUCGUUCUCCAAAAUGUGCGUCAGAGCCCGUUAAAUGGACUCGUAUGUGAGGAGUCAGGAUACACUGACAGCACUAUGGAACACUGGCGUCUGGUCACCUAUUACCAACAAUUCCUGGUCUUCUUCCUCCUCCCGCUGUUCAUGGUGAUGUACUGCUACAUCAGCAUCACUGUCCGCAUCAUGUCCACCCGCAUGAAGGAGAAGUGCCGCGCCAUCAAGCUCAUAUUUAUCAUCAUCUUCACCUUCUUCGCCUGCUGGACGCCCUACAACAUUGUCAUCCUCCUUCGAGCUAUUAAGAUCUCCAGUGAAGGGGAAGACUCGUGCUCUGAUGAAGAUAGCAUGGACUAUGCCCUGUAUGUGACCCGGAACAUAGCCUAUUUGUAUUGUUGCAUUAGUCCUGUGUUUUACACAUUUGUGGGCAAGAAGUUCCAGAGCCACUUCAGAAGGCUGUUGGCCAAGAGGAUCCCCUGUCUGAAGAGACACAUGAGCCUCAGCAGCCAGAGCACCAGAACCACGUCACAGAGGACAGCACACUCUGCCUAUGAGUACUAGAUGGACAGACACGCAUGCAUGCACGAACACACACACACACACACACACACACAUACUUACAUUAAUUUCCUGGACAAAUCCUAAUCCUACACUAACCAUAACCAAUACUGAUCCAAAAAUCAGCUUUUUCCCAAUAGGGGAUGCCGUUUUAUCCACAAUUGGACAAGCUGUACCCCAUUAAGUAGUCUUUAGUCUGUAAUGUGUUCCCAAAGGUAGGCUAAGGAACAUGCACACAUGCACACACACCAAAUUUCCUUCCUUUACUCUAUACUUCCUGCCAGACUCCUCUACAAUGUAGUAUUUCUUAAUCAGUUUGAAACAGUCAAGUAGUAGUUUGUCAGUUUCAAGACUGCUCAACUGCAGACUGCUUAACAUCUACUUUUCACAUUGACAUUUGACAUUGUCACAUUGCUUUUUUCAUGCUUGAAUUACGUAUGAUGCACUGUAUUUGUGUUACAUUUCUCAAGAAAGCAUUUUUAUUUUAAAAAGGUUUCAUGAUGAAGGCGUAUAUGUCUUUUAACACACAUGUCUUAUGAGACCCGUACUACUGUUUACUUUUACUUAUGACAUGUUUAUUUCUAUUCAUGCUUUGUUUUAAUGACUAUGAUGUUAUUAAUGUAAAUGGAUGGGCAUUGUACAUGUAAUGAAGGUGCUAUAAAAAAUAAAAUUGCCAUUGCCAUUACUGUUGUUAAAUAAAAUCCAAGAAAUAAAAUGUAACAAAAGAAA